UAGAAUCCAACAUGGCGGCUUCUAGUUCUGGUGAUAGUUCAAGUGAUUCUAUUUUAUAUGACCUUCUUGUACAUGCUGAAUGGCCCCUCGAAGGCGAGAUAUUGAAUAAAGCUGGAUUUGAUGUUGGUGAGCUCCGUGGUUCUCUACCAAAGAAAUGUUGGACAGUAACAAAAAAUUCAUUUCAAUGGGUUCUCCAAGGAGCCCAUCAGGUCAUAAGUGGAACAUCAAUGGUUAAUGGYAUCCCUGCUGAAUUGUUUAAUGUCAUAAAUGGUGGUUCACAGUGGAGUUUUGCACUCUCAAGUGAUGGUAACCUGUUGGCUGUUUURCAAGAAAGCUGCAUUGAAAUAAGAUCUGUAAAAGAUGAUUUUGGUACAGUUGUUGCUACUUGUUGUGUUGAUAAAGAUCCUUAUCCUCAAUGGCGUAAACUGACUUGGAGUCAAGAUUAUUCAAUGUUGGCAUGCUCUUCAAGUUCUGGUGAAGUGAGAGUAUUUGAUCUUGCUGGGGAACUAUUAUUCAUCAUUAAUCAGACUCCAUUAGGCUCAGUUGGUUUGCCACUUGAUCUCAGUAAAGCUGUUUCUGGUUUGGUGUUUGUUGAACUUAAGAGUGAUGCACAAUGGUCUGCUGAGCUCUUGGUGAUAAGCUAUGAUGGUUCUCUGACAAGUUACUUAGUCAGUUCCACAAAUGGUUUCCAGGAAAACCACAAGUUUUCAUUUAAGGAGAUGCCAUCAGCAUUGGAUUGUGGACUGUCAGCAUGGAGAAUCUUGAGUGGCUAUCCUCACUACAAGCUAAUAGAAGAUGACCUCAUCGAUAUUCAGGCUGGUUCUGAUAUGUUUAAGAGAAUUUCAAAGCUUGCCUUGUUUCGCUCUGCCCAAGGAAAGGAUGGAGUGUUUCAUGGGUGCUUUUCUCCUGAUCAAACCAAACUUGCUGUUCUUCAUCUGUCAGGGACAUUAUCAGUGUGGCAUAUGCCAUCAUUGAGGCACAGUUUUGCAUGGGGCUCUGAUGACCAGCCAAAGUUUGAGAAUAGUGAGGCUGAUACUGCUUUCAAAAAAGCUGUUGCACCAAUUCCUGAAAAAGAAAAUGAAUUCUGUGGUUUGACAGACCUUAACUGGUGGUCAUCAGAGAUCUUAAUACUUGCACACAACAAGGGYGCAGUGAUGGUUUCACCACUUAAAGAAAGGUURYAUAAUCUACUUGGACAAUCACCRGAAUGGUGUGAGCAUUGGCCACUYAUUACACUGGCUCACAAUGGUGGAUUCCUUAUCCUUGAGUGUGAGAARUCCAUCCAAACUUGCCGUUCCAAGCAGUCAUUGGUCAUUGAUGAUGACAAUGAAGAAACUAAUGGAAAUGAGAGUGAAGAUGAGGAAGAUGAAGACGAUGCAGCAUUUAGUCAYAAAAGUAAACAGUUUGCUAAACAGGUACUGUUCUUUCUCACUGAAAGCGAGCGAUUUCAACCUGCUGUGAAAASACCAAAGAUAUUAUACAAGACCUAUAGAUUAGUCUGCAUCAAGUCCACAACACCAGAGGAAUUGUAUGCAAGAAAGAUUGAAUUGGAGGAGUAUGGUGAUGCUUUAGUACUGGCACAGACGUAUGGACUGGACUGUGAUUUAGUGUAUCAGAAGAGAUGGAAAAAGGCUAAAGUGUCCAUUGCAUCUAUUCACGAUUACUUGAGUAAAGUCAAAAACAGACUAUGGGUUUUGAACGAGUGUGUUGAAAGAGUUCCUGGCACAUUUGAGGCUGCYAAACAACUUCUUGAAUAUGGUCUUCGUGGUACUGAUGCAAGAAUUCUUGCUGCAUUGGGUAAAGAAGAAGACAAAGAUGUCGGGUUCCUCAUUCAACAUGAAGAGGAUGGUGGUGAAGACGUGGAUGUUGACAUUAAAAGCAUUGAGGACUCGCUUGACUUUUCCAGGUUUAGCUUAGAACAGAGGGAUAUCUGUAGAUAUCGCCUCAAGCUAYUGCAGUAUCUGGACAGGCUAUCAACCUAUGAAGUAAUACUAGGMGGACCACACAUUGCUUAUGAAGAGUACUCUAAAGACUUCUUCCAGCAAUUCAGAGAUGUUAAUAUUGUCAAAGCUGCUGUGGAGUAUGCUAGGGAUAGUGACUGGGAAGCACUAGAUGCUAUCUUCACCUACCAUGGACAGCAAACCCUACCUCACAGAUUAGCAAUCUUAAGUGACUUCCCUGAGACCAAGAAACCCUCUGAUUACAAGUACUUGCUUCCUGAAGCUGGGACUAGUACAGAUGACCCUGAAGUGUUUGAGUGGGAGCAGCAUUCAUGGAGAGCAAGCGAUUGGUGCGAAAGCCAGGAAUGCAAACAGGCACUUAACUGGGGAGAUGAUCAGAACUGUGGUGACUUUCUUUAUGAGGAAAACCCUUCUCUUGAACAGUAUUCAAAUGUCCCACUUUCAUCCUCUUUGCUUACAACUUGGUAUGAAAACAGAKCCAAGGAAAUUGAAAGUCUCUCGCAACAGGUGCUGAAUUCACUUGAGCUGAUAAAACUUGCCAAAGAAAGAGGAAUCAAGGGUAUUGAUGGCUUAUAUGAUGACCUCGUCACUCUGGAGAUACUAAUUUAUGAGUGCUGCAUUGAUGUUUAUCUUGGCUUAGAGGAUUUCCAGAAAAUGGAUGACAUUGACAAGCUGCGCAUGAUGCUAGCAAAGGUACAUGUACAAGCAAUUAUUGUGUCUAUUAGAAAACUUAAAGAAAGAACUCUUGGGGAAAGUGAAGAUUUCAGAGACUUCAAAGCUCGGCAAUCGCUUCUUGCAUUUGCAUUGACUCAUUGUUCUCCUGACGUCAUUGAAUCAGUUAUUCAUAGCAGAAGUCUUGUGGAGACACAGAUUUUGUACAUGGAGUYAGAGAAACACAUGGACAAAGCAGAAGAAGAGAAGGAUGAAGAGGAUGAUCAAAAAGAAGAUAAAGAAGCCAAAAGGUCGCUUCUGUCACAGAUGACACACCGUGAGUGGUGGAAGGAUACAGUCACAUGGAUCAGACCUCUCAAUAUUGCUUCAAAAACUCAAAAUGGAACUACUUGUGGUGUUGACGAUACAACAGAGCAAUUUCCAGGACAGCAGUUCCAUCUCUUUUAUCAAAGUCUGUUUGAAAGUACAGAUGAAAGGACCAGUGGCUUUCCUUAUAUCAAGGACUUGUCCAGCAAGUGUGAAGAUAGUUCCUUCAACAUUAGCCAUUGUCUUUUAAGGACCCAAAAAUUACUUGAGAGUCGUUCAGAGGGCAGCAUUGAGGAGCCAGCCAGUGAAGUUUUGAUUUCCCUCGCUAAGUCUGUCUUAAGUCAUGACUCCACACAAGCCCUAGCAUACCUUCUUGCUCUGCCAAAGCUUUCAGAAGCCAAUGAACUAUUCCAAACUUACAGCAGCAACUAUUUCUACCUCCAUAUGGCAACAUAUUGUUUUGCCUUGGAAAUUUAUAGCAGAAUAACAUCUGAUGUAACCCUUGACCAAGCUCUAUACUACUGUAAUUCUCCUGAUGAAAUCAUCAAUCAUGUGAUAUCGUAUGUGAUUCAUGGCMCUCCAUCAGACUKGCCAGCCAAUGUUCAAAAUGACUGYGAAAAUCUACUUAAGUGGUACAACCAGAUGUCAGACUUUGCACAAGCACAAGUUUUACAGAAUCUAGGAAGAGGUGUUGAUAUUAGCCGUUUCACCUGUGACUUUGAAUACAAGAAAGACACUAUCUUAGGACUAGCCCUGACACUGGAAGAUGAUAUUUUUAGUACUGCARUKUCAUUGGCUGAUAGAUAUGACGUUUCAACAUGGGAUCUUAUGAUUGGCCAUCUUGAAUGGUUGUUUUCUGACAGUGGCCUUGCUACAAAAGAAAUACAAGAACGUGUAAAUCGAUUAGGUGUCAUGACUUGUCUAAUUGAACAGGCYCAACAGACAUGCACAAGAAUGGUUGAAAAYAUAUAUCCCACRAUAGACGGCACAAUGCAUGCUCGYUUGAUUUAUUAUUUUAUGUUGCUGCAAGAAUGCCAAGAAAAGGAUCCCAAGAUCCAGAAUGUCCCUGAUGCCCAAACACAUAUAAAAAUCUUAAAGAAAAUCAAAUCUGCUGCCCCAGGGCUGAAUUACAAAGAGCUUAUUGAUGGUGAACAUCCACUUGAAGUUCUAUCUUCAGUGUUGAGUAAUACUAAUGUCCAUCUACUGGCUAAACUGGGGUCCAAGAUCCCUACCAAGAACAAUGUACCAAUCAGCUCCAGUGCAAUUUUCCAAGUAUUUACUGAGAAACUAUUCUGGGAUGGAGAGCAAAAAUCUAAAGAGACAGAAACUGAUGAUGUUGUUGACUGGAUUCAUCGAUAUGAAGCGUGCCACAAGAUCUUUUCUCGUCUCACGCCAUCUGACUUGGUCAAGUUUGUUGAUGCGGUUACAUUCAGUGAAAAAGCUGUAGAUACGCUGCUACUAGAGACAAGAACGGAUAUUGUCAACCGAUCGCUGAAGUUURCCAGACAGCAARAUGCAGCACGCAAGAAGAAGGGUAUCGAGGAGGACRUAUCAGAAAACAGUGGGAAAAGUGGUGAAGAACUGACAUUUGAACAAGCCAUCAGCCAUCUUGAACACUCUGCACGGCAUCUUGAGUCAUUAACAGAUGGAAUCGUCUAUGCUUUGAUUGAUGCUGAUGAGGAUAAUGAAACCAACUACUCUCGCCGCUACGAUUUGUCCAGGUCAAUACCAGACAAAAUAAACCCUCUAGUGUCUCAAAUGCUUGUUGAUGGUAUUCCCAUUGACAGCAUUCAUGAACUUCUGAGACUAGCAUCAAGACAAACUGUACAGUCAUGGAGGGUUAUUGAUGGUGUCCAGGAAACACUCAAAACAUUACUGGAUAAUCUCAGUAAACAAAAAGGUCAAGAAACUGCACUAUUUUCUUCAACGAAAAACCCUAUAGAAAUCAUCGAGASGAUAAUCCAUGCAGUCAGCAGCCAUACCGAGGGGGGAGGGGUGCUAAUAUCACAGGACGAUAUYCUUACUACUUUGAGACCAUUCUGUGCUGAUGUAGCAGUACCCGCAAAAAUMAAGACUAAAGUUUUGCAUAUACUCGAAGACUCAUUUGAUCUUAGUGGUGAAGAUACGUUCUUGUUGCUGUUCUGUCAAACAGAGGCCAUUGUAACAGCACAGUGGAAAAGAGAGCUUUCUSCAGAGGACAUUGACAGUGACGAAAAGAGACAUGUUCUUUUCUUGGAGCAGCUUGAACAGUCGACGUCUUUAGAAGAAUUACGUUCUCUUGGUACCCUGCUGAACAUUUGGCCAGUUUUGGCAGCUACUGAACUGAGCGAGCACGAUCCUCAGAUUAAUCCAUGGAUACAGCUGUUACACAAGUUCAUAGAAUGCGGCGAUGAUGGAAAGGAAUUCUUAAAAAUGAUGAAAAACACUAAAAUAUCUUCAGCACUUGGAGCCCAGUGCUGUUUACAUGUAUUCAAUAUUUUGUCGAGCAAGUGCCCAGCAGUUGUUGCUCUAAAGUUUGGUGUCGUGUGUGGUUACGAUGAACUCCACAAUACUGUUAUAUCAAAAAUGAGAACACUCGAGAUGUCUUCAGAAACAUGCGACGACGAACUCCUAGAAAAACUAGUAACUAGCAAACUGGUAGUUGAAAUAGCAGAAACGUGCUAUCUUAAGCCACUAAUCAGCUAUGUAUUACAAAGGGGAGACAGCGAUGGGGAGUUAAGUGCACAACAAGUUGCCUUUCAGUUGCAAUCUGCUGGUUACGUCGCCGAAGCAGGGACACUUUUAUCAAAUUCUAACGCUGUUCAUCCAGURUUAAAGACUUUAGAUUGCGCAAUAGAGGCAUUGUCGCACUGGCUGARAAGGUAACAAGAAUUGUGGUGAUGGUACUUAACCCGUGAAACUACAGUUAAUCGAUAUGAAGCCAUCGUUACUUGCAGUUUAUUCGGCAAGCAUUGGGCCGCAAARGACAGGAAAACUACGACAAUAAAUGCUUUUGCUAUUAAUGAAUCAAYAAUUAGUAUUAUUUAACUGGCAAUAAGGCCUAUAAGAUGAUAUAAGAUGAUAUAAAGCUAAGUAGUGKUCCAGAAGUUGCCAAUCAAGGUUUAUGGAGUAAAACUUUACCAGCGAUCCGUACUUGGUAUUAAAGACAAGAGAAUGCCGACGGAUACACAAGUUGAUUUCACGGGUUACGUGCCAUCGCUAUUUGAAUUAUUAAGAUAUCAAUAUUUAAAAAAUUUUUACAAAGAAUUAUCUGAAUGAAUAAGUAAAYAUAUUAUAUUGAAUGGACUGAAUUAUAAAAGAAUUCUUAUUUAAUAAAUAAUUGACAAUAAAAUUGUUAAAAAUGUAGUAUUUUUAAUGAUAAUCGCACUGAUGUUU